CAUGCCUGAAACCGCUAGUAUUCUUAGCAGUCACCAGCGAUACUCUGAAAAGGAGGAAGAGGAGGACGUUAAGGAGCAGCUGAAUAUUCCAAAAAUUUUGGUUAUUUUCGCUAACAACAUUUUGAGUGACUUUAUAGUGGGGUUACCGUUUGCUAUACAAAGUGCUGGUUUGUGUGUAGGAAUAUUAUUUCUACUACUGUCAGCUCUUAUGAUCGACUAUUCAUUGCGGAUUAUCAUUUUAACAGCAAAUCAACUUGAACUCGACACCUACCAGGCAGUUAUUGAGAAGACGUUAGGAAGGCCAGGUUUCUACAUUUUAACAGUAAUUAAUUUUGGAUACCCUUUUCUCACUCAAGUGGGACACAAUAUUCUCAUGGGAGACACUAUCACAAAAAUCAUUAGAAGAGGUUUUCGAGUUUCUUCAGACUCCAUUUUUGCAGACAGAAACUUCAUUGUGUUUCUAGUAACUGUUCUUGUCACACUUCCUCUGUCUCUGUAUCGGAAGCUCUCGCAACUAAGUAGGAUGUCUUUUAUAUCUCUUUUGGCUUUACUGUCUGUAGCUGUAUUUGUGAUUGUAAGAGCAGUGACAAUGUCUGACAUAAAGGUUUCCCGAAAUUACUUCAGCCCUUCAUCUUUGACUAGAGUCGCAAUAUCUUUCGCCAUUCUGGCCUGUGGAUUUAACGUCCUCCACAUCUCCUUCAUGAUGCACCGGUCAUUAAAGAACCCAACUUUAAAACGAUGGAAUAUGGUUUCACACUUAAGUGUUGGAGGCAGCUGUCUCGUCUUUCUUAUGGUGGGACUAGCAGGAUUUUUUACUUUCGGAGAUGCAACUCAAGGAGACCUUCUGGAAAAUUAUUGUUUAACAGACGACUGGGGUAAUGCAGUUCGAUUUACUUUUGCAGUCAUGAUCAUGCUUGUCUAUCCGACUGAAUGCUUUGCUUCCAGAGAGGUAAUUCAGAAUACGUUUUAUAGAGACAAGGAGGACAACUGUCUUAGGCACACUGUCAUAACUGUUUUGCUGGUGGCCCUGGCAUUUUUAUUUUCAACACUCACUGAUUCCUUCGAAAUUCCUUUACAAGUUAAUGGUAUACUGACGAGUAUUCCACUGGCUUACGUACUCCCUGCAUUAACAUACAUCCGUACAGAACAAGGACGACUCCUAUCACCCAGAAAAUUACCAGCCAUGGUUCUAGUGUUGCUGGGCUGCAUUGGGAUGAUUUGUGGUACCGUAGCAACCAUCUUAGAAAUUUCGAAUAAUGUCAUUUGUAAUAAUGAUGCUGAGAUGCUAUACUGCAAAGAAAAUGGUUUGUUCUCUAUUGCUAACGCAACCGAACCAACAAAUGAAACAUUUUACUAA